UCAUAGGUCCCCAAGAAGCACAAUCUUUUUAAAAAAAUCCAGGCGCUAUAUUAUAGCCGAAAAACUUCAGUAGCACUUCAACUAAGCAACAAAGUGAGAAAAAUCGCAGGAAAAACACCUGAUAUGAAAUGAAUAGAGUACCAGUAGCAAACGAGUUAUCAUUUCGGGUCGGUCUUACGGGUCAUAGUGGCCAUCUUUACAUCGAACCUCUUCCUCCUGUUGAGGCACACAAUCCUCUCCGUGAUCUCCCUGAUUUUGUUCUUCCGCCUGCCUUUCCUGAGGAAACAAAGGAAUCUAUUAAGGAAUAUAUAGAGGAAAAAUAUCUAACACCAAGAUUGGACCCGGAUGAGUUCUCCCCAGAAAAAGUUGGAAGGGAUUGGGAUUUUGACUGGUUUAGUAAGGCUAAAAUACCGGUUGAACCAUCACUACCUCGAACAUCUGUAUUUCCUAAAUGGGAGUUACCAUUUAGACGCACCCAAGGACAGGAGCAGGAAAAAUGGGAGCCUCAGUCAGUGCAGGUGGAGAUAUCAGAAUUAAUGGCAGGAGCAGAGGACUCUGGAGCUUUGCCACGAAUUACAGGACCAGCAAAGGACUUUGUGAGGGGGAGCAUUCACAAUCGCCCUUUUCAUCCAGGUGGGUUGGAUGGAUCUCAGUCUUUGCCGAGGGUAGUUCCUAAUGGUGCCUUGAAUGGAGAUUGGAUACGCGAGGUUCUGCAAGGAGGUCCUGCAGAAAAAAUUCCUCCAAGCUUCAAGGAAGGAUUGAAUCUUGGUGAUCUCAAGCCAUAUCCUUCUUCAUGGAACGUGAAUAAGUGCCAAACUUCUUCAAAGGGUGGUGUAACAGAGAAGCAGGCAGAGGAGAAGCAGAACACAUUAUCUCUGCAGUUUGAUGAAUUGUUCAAGAGAGCAUGGGAAGAUGACUUGGCUGAAAAAGCUGAAUCUGAUGGUGUUGAAUCAAAAAUAGAGUAUAAUGAAUUAGAAAUACAAGUUGAAAAAGCUGAAGUUGAAAGUGAUGUUCCAGUUGAAUUAUCAGAAUUAGAUCAAGUUUUGUCAGUAGGCUCUGCAAUUGUGGACUUAGAGGUAGACAUAAAGAAUAAAGAAGUUGAAAAACAGGUUAAAGAGUCUUGGGCUACCCGUGAAAGCAACAAUGGCAUUGCUGAUCGUUUUCAUGAGCUAGUUCCUGAUUUGGCUCUUGAGUUUCCAUUUGAAUUGGAUAGAUUUCAGAAGGAGGCGAUCUAUUAUCUUGAGCACGGGGAGUCUGUUUUUGUGGCAGCUCAUACAUCAGCUGGAAAGACUGUUGUUGCAGAGUAUGCAUUUGCGUUGGCAUCAAAGCAUUGUACUAGAGCUGUGUACACAGCUCCAAUCAAGACAAUUAGCAAUCAGAAAUACAGAGAUUUUUCUGGGAAAUUUGAUGUCGGUCUUCUUACUGGUGAUAUUAGCUUGAGGCCAGAGGCAUCCUGUCUCAUCAUGACCACUGAAAUAUUGAGGUCAAUGUUAUACAGAGGUGCUGAUAUUAUUCGUGAUAUUGAAUGGGUAAUAUUUGACGAAGUACAUUAUGUCAAUGAUGCUGAAAGAGGUGUUGUAUGGGAAGAAGUUAUAAUAAUGCUUCCUAAACACAUUAACUUCGUCCUCCUCUCUGCCACAGUUCCAAACACAAUUGAAUUUGCUGACUGGAUCGGCAGAACAAAGCAGAAGAUGAUCCGUGUUACUGGGACCAGUAAGAGACCAGUCCCAUUGGAGCAUUGCUUAUUUUACUCUGGAGAACUAUACAGAAUUUGUGAGAAUGAAAUGUUUUUAACUCAGGGUCUAAAAGCUGCCAAAGAUGCUUACAAGAGAAAGAAUUCCAAUACAGCUCGAAGUGGCUCCUCAAUGCAUUCAGGGUUUGCUGCGGGUCCUGGUAAAGCUAAUGCUCAGAAUCGUGAAAAUUCUCACCGUGGGAAACAAAAGCAUUCUGGGUCCAGUACUUCUGGAAAUUUCAUUGGGACAGGUUCAGGGAACUCUGCUUAUGGAAACCAGAACUUUGGCAUGAGAAGACCAGAUGCUUCUUUGUGGUUGCAACUUGUCAACAAGCUCUCAAAACAAUCACUUUUACCAGUAAUUAUAUUUUGCUUUUCAAAGAAUCGUUGUGAUAGAUCAGCUGAUAGUAUGACAAGUAUUGACCUUACUAGUAGUCAAGAAAAGAGUGAAAUUCGUGUAUUCUGCGACAAAGCAUUUUCACGGCUGAAGGGAUCUGACCGAAAUCUACCUCAGAUUCUCAGAGUUCAAGGUCUUCUCCAUAGAGGGAUUGGUGUUCAUCAUGCUGGGCUUCUACCUAUUGUGAAAGAAGUUAUAGAAAUGCUUUUCUGCCGUGGUGUAAUUAAGAUUCUGUUUUCAACUGAGACAUUUGCUAUGGGUGUCAAUGCUCCUGCAAGAACGGUUGUUUUUGAUACUCUCAGAAAGUUUGAUGGGAAGGAAUACAGGCAGGUAAUUCCAGGAGAAUAUACACAAAUGGCUGGUCGUGCUGGCAGAAGAGGUCUUGAUAAAUUUGGAACAGUUAUUAUAAUGUGCCGUGAUGAAAUUUUGGAAGAAAAUGAUCUUAGACAUGUCAUUGUUGGUCAUCCCACAAAACUUGAAUCUCAGUUCCGAUUAACUUAUAUUAUGAUAUUGCAUCUACUUCGCGUUGAGGAAUUAAAGGUAGAAGAUAUGUUAAAGAGAAGCUUUGCAGAAUUUCAUUCCCAGAAGAAACUUCCUGAAAAGCAACAACUUUUGAUGGUCAAGCUUGCUCAGCCCACAAAAACAGUCGAAUGCAUAAAAGGUGAACCAUCCAUUGAGGAAUAUUAUGAGAUGUAUGCAGAGGCUGAGGAGUAUUUGAACCAGAUAACAGAGGGGGUCAUGCAGACUCACACGGCACAGCAAUUUCUUGUGCCUGGAAGAGUGGUAGUUGUUAAAUCUCAAACGACACAGGACCAUUUACUUGGGGUGGUGGUGAAAGCACCUUCAGCCGCCAUGAAAAAGUAUUUGGUUUUAGUGCUUAAACCUGAUUUGCCUCCAACAAUGCAAAGUGGGGCUAUUAUUGACAAAGGGAGUAGCAAUUCCGGAGAAGGUUUUUUUAUGUUGCCCAAGGGAAAACGUGGUUUGGAUGAUGAAUAUUACUCUUCUGUCACUGCUCGCAAGGGAUCGGGUGUAAUCAAUAUAAAUUUACCUUACCAGGGUGUCGCUGCAGGUAUGAGUUAUGAGGUUAGAGAAGUGGAGAGCAAAGAGUUCCUUUGCAUAUGCAAUUGCAAAAUAAAGAUUGACCAAGUUCGGCUUCUUGAAGACGUUAGUGCUGCUGCUUAUUCAAAAACUGUUCAGCAGCUUUCUGAACUGAAAUCUAGUGGGAGUAAAUAUCCUCCAGCAUUGGAUCCUCUGAAGGAUUUGAAGCUGAAAGAUGUGAACCUUGUUGAAGCUUAUUAUAAAUGGAACGGGUUAUUGCAAAAAAUGGCGGUAAACAAGUGUCAUGGAUGUAUAAAGUUGGACGACCAUAUGAAAUUAGUUAAGGAGAUAUUCAAGCACAGAGAGGAAGUCAAUGAUUUGAAGUAUCAGAUGUCGGAUAAAGCACUUCAACAGAUGCCUGAUUUUCAGGGGCGGAUAGAUGUUCUUAAGGAAAUUGGGUGUAUAGAUGAUGACCUUGUAGUUCAGAUUAAAGGCCGUGUUGCUUGUGAGAUGAACUCGGGGGAGGAGCUUAUAUGUACCGAGUGUUUGUUUGAGAACCAGUUAGAGGACCUGGAACCAGAAGAAGCAGUUGCUCUAAUGUCUGCAUUUGUUUUUCAGCAAAAGAACACCUCAGUUCCUUCUUUAACUCCCAAGCUAUCUGCUGCUGUGCAGAGAUUAUAUGCUACAGCUAUUAGGCUGGGGGAGUUACAGGCCGACUUUCAACUCCCAAUAAGCCCGGAGGAGUAUGCUUGCGAAAAUCUGAAGUUUGGUCUCGUUGAAGUAGUUUAUGAAUGGGCAAAGGGUACAGAAUUUGCUGACAUUUGUGAGCUAACUGAUGUUCCCGAAGGCCUGAUAGUGAGGACUAUUGUCCGACUUGAUGAAACAUGUCGAGAAUUCAGAAGUGCUGCUGCUAUUAUGGGAAACUCUGCUCUGUACAAGAAAAUGGAAGCGGCCUCCAAUGCCAUAAAGCGGGAUAUUGUGUUUGCAGCUAGCUUGUACAUCACAGGAGUUUAACAGUGACCUAGGGUUUCUAAUCUCAGAUGCAGUUAUGCCUGGCGGACCACAAUCAACAGCUAAGGAACCAUUUAUUUCAGGUGAUGCAAUUAGUUUACAACUUUUGCAGUCACAACAAGCUCACAAGUCAAGAUGCAGUUGUGAUGCAUGCUUUGAUGUGACCAGAGAUUGAAUUCCAUGAUUCUGUGGUCUCAUAACAGUAUACUCUCUUAAGAUCCCCAAUAUGGACAGGUAUAGAAAGAAGUUCUCUUGUACAUCGACGAAAUUACUAGUAGAUUCAUCCUUGUAUAUCACAGGUGAAUGAAUGAUAUAUGGAAAUAUAACCAUCACAAUGAAUCUGUAAAAUUUUGUCAUGUAAUGCAAAUUAGGAUGAAAUCAGUUAAACUUGA